UAGAAUGUGAUUUACUCUGUAGCCCGUAGGGACCAUGGGCAAUCCUGUCAGUCCUGAGGAGCUGUGUUAAAACCAACCCUAAGUUAAGCUACCCAUUCCGCUAUAAGACAGGAAUUCUGUUCCCUGGCUGACCCUAGGACAAAGGUCUUUUGUAGUUUUAUCAGCAUCCCCGAUGCCCUGAAACGGUACUGAAACGAUAUAAGCUUAUGGUUUUCGAAUCCCCAUGUUGAGUUUAUAAAGAAAUAAGCAUCUAGGAUCCUUCAAUGUAAACACUUGCAUUGGGUCGGAACUUGCCGGACCACAUCUGCCAAGCACGUUGUGAAAGAGUUGGAUCAUUUCGUCAUUCUGACGCUAGGAUUCCUUCAAGCUACAAUUGCCGAUUUCUAGGAGUUAACGCUUGGUAUUUAUAUUAAUAUUUGGUAUAUCCUAUUGGCGAACUCAUUAAAGUACACUCUUUAGUUAACCAUCCAGCGAUAUUUUUCAUCCAAAUGAGCGCACUUCAACCCCUCUUGCUUGCCGGUGGCCGCUCCUCGCGAAUGGGUAGACGGAAGGAAUUGCUACCCUUGGUACAUGAUAUACCUAUAUACAUGAAUCUAUUGCGCAUCUUGGACCUUGCAUGUCCUCAUUCACAUAUAGUCUAUCUAUCGUUGCGCAGUCCAGAUUGUCUCCGAGAUAUACUGAAUGACCCACGGGUUACGGAACUGUCCCCGGGCAAGCUCGCCAUAGAGGUCGAUGGCUCAUCUACAUUGGUACAAGUAAUCUAUGACCGUGCUAGUGAUAGUUCUCUCAACACAGAGGACGAUAUAGGCCCAGCGGGCGGCCUCCUAGCUGCUCAUCGCUUUGAUCCGCAGGCUACUUGGCAGGUUGUCGCCUGCGAUUACCCGUUCUUGUCCGUGUCCGACUUGCAUCACCUGCAGCAAGAGAUGGCUGGUCCCGUUACCUGUUUCCAGAAUGCGGAUGGAAUUUGUGAGCCUCUGUUGGGUAUCUGGACUCCUGAAGCCAUGCACGUGCUUGAUCAGAAUGUCCGGAAAGGGAUUUGUGGGCCAAAGUCGGUCAUUCGCCAGUGCUCUGGAAAGACGAUCCGGCCGCGGGAUGAUAGGUGUUUAUUCAAUAUGAAUACACCUGCUGACUUGGAUACGGUGCUAACUUGGAUACGGUGCUGACUUGGAUAAAUGUGUUGUCGC